AUGAUUACAACACAAACUUUCGUGAUUAUGUGGGAAGUAAAAGUAGUGACGUGUUUGCUCGCGGUCUCGUUCAUUCACGCGCGGCUCGUCACGCACAGGCCGGAGCGGGAAUGCACGGAUGCUUGUGACACGUCCCGCUGCACAACAACACCGGACUCCUGCUAUUUCGGUGUGGUGAGAGACGCGUGCCGCUGCUGCUCGGUGUGCGCCUCGGGCGAGGGUGACCCGUGCGGUGAGCGGGGCCGCACGCGCUGCGGUGAUGGUCUGCGAUGCGAUCGCGCGCCGGUGUGGGUGGGGGCACGCGCACGCACCUGCGUAUGCGUCACCGCUGGACCCGUCUGCGGAAGCGACGGUCGCACGUACCCGAGUGAGUGCCGCCUCAGAGCGGAGAACCGGAAGGCCGAGCGGAGCCGCGCGCCCGCUGUCAUUCCUGUCCAAAAAGGCGCGUGCGAGUCCGGUUCUCAGAACCCCAGCAGCAUGCGUAACAAAUUCAACUUCAUAGCAGACGUAGUGGACAAGAUCGCUCCUGCAGUCGUUCAUCUAGAGCUGUUCAAAAGACUGCCAUAUACAAACCAGGAAAUGCCUGUCUCCACUGGCUCAGGGUUUAUUGUGUCUGAAGAUGGAUGGAUAGUCACCAAUGCCCAUGUCCUAGCCAACAAACAGCGAAUUAAUGUGGAGCUUAACAGUGGUGUCCAUUAUGAUGCUACGAUCAAAGAUGUGGACCAGAAAUUGGAUAUCGCUCUGAUUAAGAUUGAUGCAGAGGAGGCUUUGCCUGUCCUGUCUCUGGGCCGCUCCUCUGACCUGCGGCCGGGCGAGUUUGUGGUGGCUGUCGGCAGCCCAUUCUCGCUUCAGAACACCGUCACUACAGGCAUCAUCAGCACCACGCAGCGCGGCAGCCGUGAGCUUGGCCUCCACAACUCCGACAUGGAGUACAUCCAGACCGACGCCAUCAUUAACUACGGCAACUCUGGAGGGCCGCUGGUUAAUUUGGAUGGAGAUGUCAUCGGCAUAAACACGCUGAAGGUCACAGCAGGAAUAUCAUUUGCGAUUCCCUCGGACCGGAUAAGGCAGUUCCUAGCAGACUCCUACGAGAGACAAAGGAAAGGGAACACGCAGCCCAAAAAACGAUAUAUGGGAGUGAGAAUGUUUCAGCUGACGCCAGCUUUAAUCAGAAAUCUGAAAGAGAGGGAGAGCGAUUUCCCAGAUGUCAGUUUAGGAGUGUACAUCUACGAGGUCAUCCCUGGAACGGCUGCCUCCAGCGCUGGCCUGAAGAACCACGAUGUGAUCAUCAGCAUUAACGGCAAGUCAGUUCAGAGCACGGACGACGUGAGUCACGCUGUGCAAUCAGCCAAAACGCUCUUGGUGACAGUGCGGCGCCUAAACGAAGCUGUCACUUUGACGGUUGUGCCAGGAGAACUGGAGUGAUAUCUGAACCCCAAACACUGUUACUGUCAACCGCAAUCUAAUGCUGCAUUCACACAUACUGCAAGCCGCAGAGAUGAAGCAACCAGAGACGUUUAUUUUCAGCGAGAGCUGACGACUUCGCGUGUGGACAUGUCCAGUGAAUUCAGAAAAGUUGAACUAUGGAGCGAC